AAGCAUCCUAUCUGUCUGACCUGAACUGUUCUCUAUGGAGCUUCUUUUGUGAGCAGCUUCUAUUGAAAAGACCUUUAUGAAUACAUUGUUUCCAUCAAACUUCCAAAGAACACAUUUGUCUUCAGAUCUACUGGCAUAUUAAGAAUCUGAUGAUCUCAGAAGGGACCCUGCAUUCAGCCAUCAAAACGGUCCUGCCUCCCAGUAUGCUUGUAAUUCAAUGGUAGAUGCAGGACGAGUUGAGAGUAUCACCCAGUGCUCCCAGGAACUUCCUCAGAUGAUGGCUGCAGCAGCUGAUGGUUUGGGGAGCCUAGCAAUAGACACAACCCAGCUCAACAUGUCCGUGACAGAUCCCACAGCCUGGGCCACAGCCAUGAACAACUUGGGCAUGGUUCCCGUGGGGUUGCCUGGACAGCAGCUUGUGUCUGACUCAAUCUGUGUCCCAGGCUUUGAUCCAGGCCUCAACAUGAUGACUGGAAUCACCCCCAUUAACCCCAUGAUACCAGGCUUGGGCCUGGUACCACCCCCACCACCAACAGAAGUGGCCGUUGUCAAAGAAAUAAUCCACUGCAAAAGUUGUACUCUUUUCCCUCAAAAUCCAAAUCUUCCACCUCCAUCCACAAGAGAACGACCUCCUGGGUGCAAGACUGUGUUUGUUGGAGGAUUACCAGAGAAUGCUACUGAAGAAAUCAUUCAAGAAGUCUUUGAGCAGUGUGGUGAUAUCACAGCUAUCCGAAAGAGCAAGAAGAAUUUUUGUCACAUUCGCUUUGCAGAAGAAUUCAUGGUUGAUAAAGCCAUUUACCUUUCUGGUUACCGAAUGCGGUUAGGGUCAAGUACAGACAAAAAGGAUUCUGGCCGCCUUCACGUCGACUUUGCCCAGGCCAGAGAUGACUUCUAUGAGUGGGAAUGCAAGCAGAGGAUGCGAGCCCGUGAGGAGAGGCACCGGCGCAAGCUGGAGGAGGACCGGCUCCGGCCACCGUCCCCACCGGCCAUCAUGCACUACUCCGAGCACGAAGCCGCCCUGUUGGCUGAGAAGCUGAAAGAUGAUAGCAAGUUUUCUGAGGCAAUCACAGUGCUGCUUUCCUGGAUAGAACGAGGGGAAGUGAACCGCCGGUCAGCAAACCAGUUCUAUUCCAUGGUUCAGUCAGCCAACAGCCAUGUCCGCAGGCUCAUGAACGAAAAAGCGACCCACGAGCAAGAGAUGGAGGAAGCGAAGGAGAAUUUUAAAAAUGCCUUAACGGGGAUCCUCACUCAAUUUGAGCAGAUUGUGGCCGUUUUCAACGCUUCUACCAGACAAAAAGCUUGGGACCAUUUCUCGAAAGCUCAGCGCAAGAACAUAGACAUUUGGCGAAAGCAUUCUGAGGAGCUCCGGAAUGCUCAAAGUGAACAGCUCAUGGGCAUUCGUCGUGAAGAAGAAAUGGAAAUGUCUGAUGAUGAGACUUGUGACAGCCCUACUAAAAAGAUGAGAGUCGAUGAAUCAGCACUAGCUGCUCAGGCCUAUGCUCUUAAAGAGGAGAAUGACAGCCUCCGCUGGCAGCUGGAUGCCUACAGGAAUGAGGUAGAGCUACUGAAGCAAGAGAAAGAACAGCUUUUCCGAACAGAAGAAACCCUCACUAAGGACCAGCAGCUACAGUUCCUACAGCAGACCAUGCAAGGCAUGCAGCAGCAAUUACUGACCAUCCAGGAGGAGCUAAAUAACAAAAAGUCAGAACUGGAACAAGCAAAGGAAGAGCAGUCCCACACACAAGCACUACUGAAAGUUCUCCACGAACAGUUAAAAGGUACAAAGGAGUUGGUGGAGACCAAUGGCCACAGCCACGAGGACACAAAUGAAAUCAAUGUGUUGACAGUUGCCUUGGUCAACCAAGAUCGAGAGAAUAAUAUUGAGAAAAGAAGCCAAGGCUUAAAAUCAGAGAAAGAAGCUCUGCUAAUAGGCAUCAUAUCAACAUUUCUUCAUGUCCAUCCUUUUGGAGCCAAUAUCGAAUACCUUUGGUCAUAUAUGCAGCAGCUGGACUCCAAGAUAUCGGCCAGCGAAAUCGAGAUGCUUCUGAUGCGGCUACCUCGCAUGUUCAAACAGGAGUUCACCGGCGUGGGAGCGACGCUGGAAAAGAGAUGGAAACUGUGUGCCUUUGAAGGAAUUAAAACCACCUAGCUGUGGAAGGGCAGGAGAUGUCUGAGAGUGAACAGAGCGUGAAGGCAGCCAGGGCUGGGAGCCUGGGAGCAGGAGGGGUGGGACCCACCAGCGAGGGACCUGGGGCCUGACUUUAGUUACAUCUGCGGCAGUGAUCUUGUGAGGGGAAAUGUAACCUUGUACCAAUCCCUUACACUAAGCAAAAGCUUCAUACUGUGACAGAUGUUUCCUACGAAAACCAGUGAUCCCCCACUCAUAACGAUGGCAAAAAUCUUAAAAUAGGCUGCAUUUGAGAAUAGCUCACCUAGCAAAAUAUUUAAAGUUAGUGAGGGAGUAGCCAUGGUGGUUGCUAGGCUACGGAGUUGUAAAUGUAAUGUAUAGCCGACAUCAUUAAAUGACAUUUUCCUGGCAGUCUUUCUGUUUUAGUUAAAAAACAAAAAUAAAAACAAA